UCACCCCUUAAACGACUGUGAAUCCUCUUCCUCUUAUUGUGUUUCUGAGGAGAUGUGUUUUCACUUCCUGGGUCUCCGGGUCUGUCACACUCACCGGCCCAGAUUUGAAGUGGAUCCUUCGUUGAUAGGUGGAAGACAUGAGCGGGGCCGGAGACCUAGUGAGUGCCUAUGCUCACAGUUUGGAGCUUCAAAUUGUGGGGAGGGGCUCCAGCCUGGUGUGUAGGGACGAGGAGCUGUGGAGCCAGGUGGAAGGGCUAAUGAGGGACCGGGAUGCUCGGGAGACACACUGCCUGGGUCUCGAUCCACUGACCGUGAUGGAGGAGUCACUCGCAGCAGCAGCAGCAGCAGCAGCAGCAUCUAGCACACGAUGGGUCAAAGGCAGGGAAGGGCUGCAGGGCCUUGAAAGAGCAUUUGAGGUCCUGGAACAAGCGUCUCUGAACCUGCACCUCUGUCCCUGGAGGGAAGAGUACAAAGUGAUCAAGAUGUACUCUGGUGUGUUCACCCAUCACAUCAAACCGAUGCUGUCGAUGCCGCAGAUCGAGAAGCUGUUCGGCCUGCUGGGGUAUAAACCCGGCUCUCGGCCAGAACAGCUUCGUCUCCAGUCUCACAGAGUCAGUCCCGCCUCUCUGGACGACCUCCUCUGCCUCUCAUGUGCCUUCUUCUUGGCCCGCUGUGAGUGCCGCCUCCUUCUGGUGGCUCUGGGAGAUUACGCUGGUGAGGUCCAGUGGGAGCUGGGUGUGGUGAGAGGGAGGCAGACUGGACAGAGUCUGAAGGUCGCCCUGGACAACACCAAGAAGAUGCUUGUAGUGGAACAGCAGCUGAUGGUGCAUGGAGAUGUGGAGGUGGAUCUGUACACAGACCUGCAGGAAAAUGGACGGCAGACGAGGGCGGUGGUUGAUGACGAGAGUCCCCAAUCUUUAGCAUGGGAGACUCAAAAUAGGGCAUCUCCCCCUGCGAUCAAAAGACAAAGCAACGGAAUUGCGUCCUUGCCCUCCCCAUCCACCUCCCUGUCCGCCAGAGAGCCUGUCUGCGUCUCCACACUUAACUGCCAGCUGACCAAGACGCCGCCAGAGUCACACGCCACCAGAAGCUCCUCAACCAGCGCCAGGCAGCGCAGACGUCUCGCUGAAGACCGGCAGCCACACAGUCUGCAGGUAGAAGUCUGCAGAAGUGAGACUACGGACUUGUGCAGCUGUCUCCAAACUCCUCAUGUGUGUGUUAAACUUUGUAGAGACUGCAACAGCCUCCACGAUAUCAGCUGUGACUCUCUGAAGCAUUGCAACACUGAGCGUCACUGCGUGAGUUUUCCUGACAAUCCAAAAGAAGAGAUGGGAAAACAGGGAGCGUUGUCCUCUCACGCUGGAAGCUUCAGAGUUAGGCCGUCACCUAGUCUCACCAGCAGCAGCGCAGCAAUGUCCUCCUUAGAUCUGAGGGAGGAGUCCAAAUCGAUGAGCGCACCAAUCAGCUACCACGACUGCUGUGACCUCGCCCAGCUGGACCCCCAGGUCCUGUGUCUCAGCUGCAGUGUUUUCCACACUGGGUCCUGCAGAGGGAUUCAUUAUUGCAAAGCUCAAGAACAUGACAUCAAGUGUCUGGGAAUGUGCUCCUGUGGAAAGAAAGCUUCAAGAGAUCCUCUGGUUCUGUGCAGAUAUUGUGGGAAUGAGUAUUGUAGGGAUUGCUGGUACAGAAAUCCUUUGACAUGCCAAUGUGGUGAAAGGUUUGACCAGUCGUCUUCUGUGUGAUUUAACUGGAUAGUUGUGCAGUA